AUGCCGUCAAGAUUCCAUCAACGCAUUAGAGGUGAUCCACUUCAAAGGAAGGUAUUUGAAAUUCUUUCCUAUGGAAAUGACACUCCCCGUACCGCGGCUUCUUGGAGUCCCUUUGUGGAAGAGGAUACGGUAGCUCUCAGAGAACUCACCUCGAGCUAUUUCAAGAUUUCCCGGGAAACCAAGAUAACUCCCGUCAAGGCUGUGUUAGAACAGGCCGAAAAAGAUGUCCGAGUUAAAGAUCCUCAACUAGUUCACAACGCAGUGAUGACAUUUAUCAAUACUCAUCCUGAAGCCCGGAGACAUAAACUUCGAGUUCCUCCAUUGAUUCGUCGUGCUCCGAAUCGUGCUGUUCCUAGACGUCCUGGUGCCACUCAAGGUGUCAUCCCUAUAGUGCCGAUUCCUCAAGAGCCUACCAAAGAGACUUCCCCCGAAGAUGCGUUGUCAUACUGGAGGGAUGAUCCCAAUUUAAAUGAGCAUCAUGAUCAUUGGCACAAUAUUUAUGGUAAGGCAAAACUGGAAGACGACAAUGGGGUGUACUGGAAGAACCGUCAGGGAGAACUUUUUGUCUACAUGCAUCGACAAAUGGUGGCGAGAUACGAAGCUGAACGUAUAUCGAAUGGAUUACCGGAAGUCAAAGAAUAUCGAGAUUACACAGAAGUAAUUCCUGAACAUUACUAUCCUAAUGAAGAUCUAAGUGUCACAUCGAACAAUAGGGUUGUUACAUUUUCCGCUCGUCAAUCCGGGGGUGUAAUGAAGAAUGGUUUUGACAGGACCGAUAGGAAUGGAAAUGUCAUGAAAGGAACCACGGUUGAUGAACUAGCUGCUAAUCGCGAUUUGUUGGAAAAAGUCAUCAAGCAAGGUUAUUUUGAUGAUCUCAAAGAUACCAAAUCCAUAAAGACGGCAGACAAUCCUGACCUUUUGGGAAUUGCAAUUGAAAUGGGUAUUACGUCGGAAACUUACAAAGAUUACGACGCGGAAUUAUGGGGAAGCAAAUAUCCAGCAUUCCACAAUUUUGGGCAUGUCCUGCUUAGCCAGGUUGGGAUUACCGACUCAAGCCAACCCGCAGGUGUGAUAGGUACCCUCGCGACUGCAUGCCGAGAUCCACUCUUCUACCGUUGGCAUACUUAUGUCGACAAUUUAUAUACGAUGCAUCAAUGUAUACUUGGACCCAAUAAUUUUGGAUCCAACGAUGUGCCCGUAAAAAUAUCAUCCGAUGGCAUAUUUCUGGUGUUCAAGGACAAAAUUGCAAAUGCGACUCCUCAGAAUAUUGCAACUGUGGCUUCCCAAUUUGCGGAGACCAUCAAAUCGCAAAAACCGACUAAUGCAACCAAUGUCUUGGAAACUAAGAUGAAAGCAAGACCUUUUGAGUGGAAAGAGGGAGGAGAAGAAGAUGGCAAAGUUUUGGGAACUACAAUUAUUGAAUAUCUGUUCCCAAGGGAAUGGUAUUAUUUCUUCCGCGUAGAGAACCCUACUUCUCAGGACGUAAAAGUGACAUUCCGAGUAUUCAUUGUCCCCGAAGCGUUCAAGAACAAGCACAAUCGUUAUAUAGAGGUUGACAAAUUCCAACAAAUCCUUCCCGCCAAUAAAGUAACAGUUGUCGCACGUGACUGCGACAAAUCGUCGGUAGUAGCACAACCGCCAAAGAAAACUGCUGAAGAUUUAGAUGACAACGCGGACGUGCCAGAUGAUGAAGAAUUCCAGGAAUUUUGCGAUUGCGGAUGGCCAUACCAUUUAGUGUUGCCUCGAGGUAAUAGGGAAGGUUUACCAUUCAAAUUGGUAGUGUUUAUUACCGAUGGUUCGGAUAAAGCUGAAUCGGCAAAGGAAUGUUGUGGCUCUUUGUCAUUCUGCGGUGCGAAGGACCCGAGAGGAGAUUAUCCUGAUACAAGAGAUAUGGGAUACCCGUUCAACCGACCUUUUAAGAACGACUCUGUCGAAGAGGCAUUCCGUGGAUUAAAAUAUGCCGCCAUUAAAGACAUUAAGAUUAAAUUGGUUGAUGACUUUGUAGAAUUCACCAAAUAA